AUGAAUACCCUCAUCGCAGUCAUGCUGACUCUCCUGUCUCUGGUCCAGAUGGCAUGGGCCCAGAUCGGAUACAACGCAAACACCAACAGCCUGCUCUGCUCCAAGCCAGGAGGCCACUAUUGUGUCCACGGCUCUCUGCAAGGCCCGACCAUGAUAUCCUGUGUUUCCACCACCACUGCUGAGAUCCGCUCGUGCAAUAUCGAACUGGCCCAUAUCUUGCCUCCCGGUUACAAGGAUUUCGCUAUUUGCUACGAAACAGCUCCCAUCCUCGGCGACGCCCUCUGCGCCUUCAAUGGAACCGGCUAUCCCCGCUCUGGCAAGCCCAUUUCGAUCCCUGAGACUGCCAUCUGCAAUGCCUUCCCCGCUGGCUCUCCCGUGGAGGAUCCAGGCAGCAACGACAAUGGCAAGGGAGACGUCAACGACAGCGACACUGGAGAGGAGGAAUCUACCAAACCCAGCCAUCCCAUGCACUACGACCACAACCCAGACGCAGACGCAGACGCAGUCCUUGCAUCUCGCCAACACUCAAAGCCCUCUGAGCCAGAGCCAGAGAAAGCAACAACACCCAGCACUACACGCCCCGACAACGAAAAAGGAACCAUCCAGCCCCUCCCCACCUCCCUUCCUCUCCCGGGCCCCGUCACGCCCACAGACUCCGUGAUCGUGAUCGCGCCAAGUACCCUGACCACGAAGCCCGGUCCCGCGACAAGCCAGCCCGGCUGCGCGGAUGAGUUGCGGACCAGAGAUCCGAAUUCCACACUUCCGGUGUAUAUCACGGAGUGUGGGGGGUCAAUGACGCUGAUGCCGACGCCGACGCCGACGUUUAGGAGGCCGAGAUUGGCGGAUAAGUGCGCGUGGACGCCGACGCCGUUGUAUCGGACUGGGGCGGGGGUAGUGCGUUCUUCGUCGAGUACUGUGAGUCCGUCUGAGAGUGUGAGUGUUUCGGAGAGUAUUCCGGCGGUGACGACUUCAGCUGCUCAAGGGUCUGGGGCUAAGGGCGAUCGCGUUGGGUUCGUUGUGUUUUUGGGGUGGUUGGUUGGAUGGGGGGUGGUGUUCGGAUGGGAUUGA